AUGGACAAUAUUUGUUUUGCUUUCAUUGGAAUCCAUUUGCUCUUUCCUUUCUUCAAGUUCUCAACCGCUGUUGAUGCCAUCACUCAAGCCCAGUUCAUCAGUGAUGGCAGAAGCUUAACUUCUAAAGAUGGAAACUUUGAACUGGGUUUCUUUAGCCCAGCUAAUUCCAGCAGUAGAUUCUUGGGAAUCUGGAACAGGAAAAUCCCACUUAGAACUGUUUCAUGGAUAGCAAAUGUUCAUAAACCCAUCAAUGAUUCAUCUGGCAUAUUGAUGAUAAAUGGCUCUGGCAAUGCCGUCCUCCUCAGUCAGAAUACUCCUGUUCUCCUGAAUUCAGGAAACCUGGUGCUGAGAGAUUGGACAGAUGGAAAUUCUGGAAUUUUUUUGCGGCAAAGCUUUGAUUAUCCUAUUGGGACCAUGGGUUUAUCAGCAAGGAGGGUCUCUCUGUCAGCUUCAGAAGAUGUCUGUGAUAAUUAUGGACACCGUGGUGCUUAUGGAGUUUGUACCAUCAGUGAAUUACAAGUUUGCAAAUGUUUGAAAGGGUUUAAACCCGUUUCACCAGAAAAAUGGAAAGAAAGGGACUAUACGCAAGGUUGUGAACGAAGUAAACCAUUGAAGUGCCAGAAAAACACUGGGUUUAUAAAAUAUGUUGGGUUGAAAUUGCCAGAGAACAAAAAUGGUUGGGUCAGUCAAGGCAUGAAUAUGAAGGAAUGCGAGGCCAAAUGCUUGAGCAAUAUGAAGGAAUGCGAGGCCAAAUGCUUGAGCAAUUGUUCUUGUAUGGCUUAUGCAACUUCUGAUGCCGAGGGAAGCAGUGCCUGUGUCGUCUGGUUUGGUAAACUUAUUAACAUUCGGCGCCUUUUGAAUGGUGGCCAGCAUCUGUAUGUUAGAAUGCCUGAUUCAGAGUUAGGUACGGACAGAGUUUUUCGUUUGCUACUUUUGAGUGUGUUAAAUUCAUCGUCUGUUUGGCCUAUGUUGCUUUGCCAUUUGGAUUUCAACCAUGAAGAAAUAAAAAAUGGAGUCAAGAUUGUAGUGACUAUUGUAGCUGUUGUUUCCAUUGUCUCUGGCCUGUUGUUAGCUGCCUACUACAUUCGAAGAAACUGGAAAAUGUCUAAAGAGAUAAUGGAUAUCUAUGGAGCAACAGGUCAGAACAACAAUGGCCGGGAGGAGGAUCUGGAAUUGCCUUUGUCCAAGCUAUCUACAAUUGCUAGUGCCAUUAAUAACUUUUCAUUCAAUAACAAACUUGGACAAGGUGGCUUUGGGCCGGAAUACAGGGGUGCACUCAUGGAUGGGCAAGAGAUUGCAGUGAAAAGGCUUUCACCGAACUCUGGACAAGGACCAAAUGAGUUCAAGAAUGAAGUUAUACUAGUAGCCAAGCUUCAGCACCGAAAUCUUAUGAGAAACUUUCCAGAUCACGCACAAGGCAAACUUUUAGAUUGGAGAAAAUGGUUUAACCUUAUCCUUGGGGUUGCAAGGGGGCUUCUAUACCUUCAUGAAGAUUCCAGAUUGAGAAUCAUACAUAGAGAUCUUAAAGCAGGUAAUGUUUUACUUGAUAAAGAGAUGAACCCGAAAAUUUCAGACUUUGGAAUGGCAAGAACAUUUGGAGGAGAUCAAACAGAAGGAGUCACUAGAAGAGUGGUUGGAACCUUUGGUUAUAUGGCUCCAGAAUAUGCUAUUGGUGGUCAAUUCUCAGUAAAAUCUGAUGUCUUUAGUUUUGGCAUUUUAAUGCUAGAGAUUGUAAGUGGAAAGAAAAAUAGAGGAUUUUAUCAUCUUGGUGACAACCUUAACCUUGUUGGAUAUGCAUGGAAAUUAUGGGAAGAAGAACGGUCUCAAGAACUGAUAGAUGAAUGCUUCAGGGACUCAUGCACUCUAUUAGAAGUAUUACGUUGCAUCCAUGUUAGCCUCUUAUGUGUACAACAGCUUCCUGAAGACAGACCAAGUAUGUCAACUUUGAUUCUCAUGUUAGGUGAUGAAAAAACUUUGCCACGUCAACUUUGA